AUGGUACUACUCCCGUUGGUCGGUCUGGCGGCCUGGAGCGGCAACGCAAAGCUUACGCGUAUGCGCCGCCAGAUACGCGCACCUCCAGGUGGAGAAGCACUUGAUUUUAUCCCCGGCUCCAUGGACGAUACCAUAAUGGAAACGCUGGAGACGGGUGAUCUCGUUUUUUUUCAGCGCAAACUUACGGCUAUGCAGCCUCUAGCAGCGCUGCACACAUGGAUUACGCGACUGCAGCUGCAACCGCGCUUUGAUCACUGCGGAUGGAUUUACGUGGACCGUUUGGGCCGCAAGUUUAUUGUAGAGGAAACGCUGGACAAGGUCCAGUGUCGUCCAUACAGCGCUCGCCUGCUGACUUCCGAAGCUUCGGAAAUCUUUGUGUUAAAAUUGAUAGUUGAGCGUUCCAAGGAGAUGCAAGAGGCUGCGAACAUUUUUAUCAACCAGAAUAUGGGUCGAACAAGCCGUAUCUCGUUGCGUCACACAGUGUCUGCUUUGAUUUGCCCGAAGGAAAUGCGUAAAACGAGUCCUGACGCAAUUCCAUCGUUUCCUGCUGCAGCGUUUGUGGCCGAGGCCUACGAUGCGAUGGGCCUAGUGAAUAAGAACGAGCUCACCAUUAACCAACCGCCACUCCCGGCAAGUGGCAUCACACCACGCGACUUGGUGGAAAGUAAAGUCAAAUUGCAGAUGCCGUCCACGAAACGAUCGGACGGAGCCAAACCACCACGUUUUAAGCGCUUGCUCCCAAUCAGACUCGAGUAA